CUUUAAAAUCAGACCGUCACGCCCACUUUCCAUGCACCGCUCGGGGCUCCGGGUGAAUGAGCGCUGUGACUGGCUGCGGCUGUCCGUCGACCAAAGACUUCUCCCCGUUUCAUUGGCGAGACACCGGCCGUCGGCUCCGACUCUCGCGGUACUGCUGCACGAAGAUGGCGGCCGAACUGGUGGAAGCGAUGAACAUGGUCAAAAGUUUCCGGGUCUCAGACCUGCAGACGCUGCUGGCCUCAAUGGGCCGCAGCAAGAGCGGGCUGAAGCAGGACCUGGUGGGUCGAGCGCUGAGGCUGGUGCAGACCGAAUACAGCCCAGAGCUGCUUAAGAAUGUCAGGCAGCUCUAUGAGUCGCGCUUCCCCAGGACAUCUGCCUGGUUGGCGGCUCGGCGUCCAGAGGGGGUCCCAGUUGCCUACUCAUCCCUCAGUUCCUCCCCCACUGCCACCUCUCAGGGCGCAGACUACCUCAAUGGUAUUUCCAAACCCAUCUCUACACCAGCAGCGGAGGUCAAGCUGGUGCCGUUGCCCUUCUACCAAACCUUGGAGACACUGUUGCCACCAACAGAGCUAAUUGCUCAGAACAACGAGAAACUGCAGGACAGUCAAUGCAUAUUCGAAUUAACACAGAGCCAAGCAGACAAGAUCAGAAAUGCAAGUGAGCUACGUGCAGGAAUCAAGUCAAUCCAAGUGGUUCUUAGAAUCUGUUACACAGACUCCAUUGGUGUCCAGGAAGACCAGUAUCCUCCCAAUAUUGCUGUUAAAGUCAACCAGUCCUACUGUCAUGUCCCGGGGUACUACCCUUCUAACAAGCCUGGUGUUGAACCCCGUCGGCCUUGUCGUCCUGUAAACAUCACUCCCUGGUUGCAUCUCUCCACUGUCAGCAACAGAGUCACUAUCACAUGGGGCAAUUUUGGCAAGCGGUACUCGGUGGCAGUUUAUAUAGUGCGAGUCUUCACCUCAGCGGACCUCUUCAGCCAACUUAAACUCUGCUCCGUCGAGAGUGCAGAACGUUGUCGUGAACGCAUACAAGACAAACUACGUUUUGACCCAGAGAGUGAAAUUGCCACCACAGGCCUCCGGGUGUCUCUCAUCUGUCCACUGGUGAAGAUGCGGCUUGGUGUGCCAUGCCGAGUCUUAACCUGUGCCCAUCUUCAGUGUUUCGAUGCAGUCUUCUUCCUGCAGAUGAAUGAGAAGAAGCCCACGUGGACUUGUCCUGUAUGCGACAAGCCCGCUCCCUUUAAGCUGCUCACCAUUGAUGGGCUGAUGUCUGAGAUUCUGAAAGAGACGAGUGAGGACAUUGAAGAGAUUGAAUACCUAACCGAUGGCUCCUGGCGACCCAUCAGAGAUGACAAGGAAAGGGACAGGGAGCGAGAGCGCAGCAACACGCCUGAGUACCCAGUUGUUGAUAUAUGUGUCCCUGAGGCAAAUGGCCAUUCACCAGCCCACAGCAGCACCAGUCUGACAGGAAAGUCUGGAGGAGGAUCCAUGGGGGUGGCAGGAGUCGCAGGAGGUCCUGCCGUCGCACCAGGAGGCGGCGCUGUGGUAGAUCUGACUCUUGACUCCUCCUCUGAGGAGGAAGGGGGAGGGGCCGGGGGCGACAGCGAGGACACUGAGGACAGCGCUGACAGUCCUGCGCCCAAAAGGGGCCGAUACAACUACGAUAAGGACCUUGUCACUGCAUACUGACUGGCCGGACACCCCAGCCCUUCUCCCUCAUAGACUGACACAGAGAGAGAGAGAGAGAGAGAGCGAGAGGCAGGGGGUUAAACCUGAGGAGAGGAACAUGUUAGUCCACUAGAUGCAUUUUCCUUAUGCCCAGACAUCAGAGCCUUUUGUCAGCUCUGGUGUAUUCCCAGACAAAACAAACCAACUCACACAUGCACUGUUAAUGAACCUUCAAUCUAGAGUGGUUAGGAUUCCUCUGUUUGUACUGUACACCACUGGAAAUGGCUCUCUGUCUCUUUUUUUGGCCAACCACACCUUACAGUGAAUAUCUGUGUCAACCUCCCUCUAUUAAAAAGACUGAAUUAAUAGAGUAACCUCCCCUUCCCCCUCCUGCUCCUCUCGCCAGACUAUUCUUUACUCCCCCCCUCCACCGGCCCAUCUCUCUGUACUUUGUAUUUGACUUGGACUUACAGGCUCUUUUAGCUGUGGGCGUUCAAUGUUUGCGUCUCUGAUUUUGGUCACAUUUGUGAUGAACAGGCAAGUUGAAAAUGGAGGCACCUCAGUAGUUUUUAGUAAGAGGUCAAAACACAAACAACUAAUGGAAACGAGCAUGAAUAAUGUGGGGAGGACAAGCUGGAGAUUUCUGGAGUGUGAUGCAAAUUUAAAGCCCCUCUCCCAUUGCAUUAUUAUUCUGUUUUCUCUGUUUGGAUGUUGAAAAUCAAAGCUUGAAAACAGUUUUUCAGGAAUUUGUCCUUUUAAUUAUGAAUGGGCAGGACACAAACUCAUAGUGCCCUUGAUGUGUGAUGCUUUCCAUUUUUAUUUUGUCCUUAGAUAAAGAGAACCUACCUCAGUCAUAAAAACUUAGCAGACUGACCAGAGAAUAGCUUAAAACAGGAGAACAGAAGCAUUGAUGAGUCUUUGAAGCCAAUUUUACACUGGAGAUUUUGUUUCCUAUGUUGUUGUUUUUGUUUCCUUUCCACCAACGUUCCAUGCAGCUCUGUUCCCACUGGAGUGACGAAUUUUUUUGUGAAAAGCAAGUUAGUCAGUGGAUAACCAAGCUAACUGUAGGUUUUUAUGAUGUAAAAUGAAGUAGCUGGAAGGGUGCUACUCUUUGAAACAUUUACUGCAGUUAACUUGCUUCUAACAAGAAUUCUUGAGGUUGAUUUAUCAACAUUACCGUCUAGACAAAAUUACUGUAUGGCAGUUUUGCCAAAGCAAAUUUAUUUUCAGAAGUCACUGAUGAGAAAUGGUCAAGAGAUUUGGGUGCCUUUUUUGUUUUGUGUUUUUAAAUGAUGAACAUUGGAGCCUACAGGCGGGGCUAGCUGAGCUGGCCAGCAGACGAUGCCCCCAUCUGAGAGAAGGUCCUUUUUUCCCUUUGUGAUUUAACAUUUGCUAGGUUUUUUUUUGUUUCUUUUCAUAUAAAUGGACAGAAGUUGCGGAAUAAGAUUCAGGAGUGCAGACAUUCUUUUUACACAUUUUGGUUUUCUUUUCCAAAAGUAUAAUAUUUAUUUAAUUGCCUCACAUUCUCUUAACAGCGGUUUGUAGUAAAUGUACAUAUUUGGCAAAGGUAAUGGUGCUGUACAGACUGGAGCACCUAGUUGUGGAAAGCAGAACACUUGGCAAUGCUGUGGCUCGAGUGUUUGGUUGUAAAUGAUCCAGGCGCAUGGCGCUGCUGUUGAUUAACCUGUUCCUUUUCUUUUCCUCUAAAUUAAUCUGACCUGGGUCAAGUUGCCAUUCUGAGUACUGUGCUGCGACGGGUUCAACAUGUCUGCCACAACUAAACCUAAUGAAGUGUCAAUAAGUGCAGUCCCACCAAACUCAAAGUCAUUGAUUCAAUUACAGUCUCUCCUGUCGGGAACAAAUGGAGCUAUUUGAACCGACAGCCUCGCCCUAGCCUGCUCCCACAGCAGAUAAGGCCAUAUCUAUUUGCUGGGAUAGCAGUUGUCCUUAAUUCCAUCAUGCUCUAGCCCCAUAGCUAAUACUCCUCUGCACCUGCACCAGUGUUGUCAAUAAGUGAAGGCAGUUGCUCAGGUGAGGAGACUCUGACUGCAUGUGCAGGCGUCAUUUUUGUCUGCAACAGUACAUCAGUUUUUGCUCUGAAGAGACUUGCUGGAGCUGAUUGUACUUUUUAUUUGAUGCUUCAUCCUCGUUGAGGGGCCUUUCUUCGGCCUGUGUCAAGCCUCCGGUGUCUGUCGGUGUAUUGAUUAAGGAUGUCUGACCACUGUGACUGGGUCUCCUCAACCAUCUCAUUCAUGAGGAUCAGAAAAGGAAAAAUGUUAAGCUAGAUGAAACGGCGCUCCCACUCCACUGUGAGACACUUGAAAAAGACUGACCCAGAGGAGUGCUGCAUGGUAUGUUUUCCUCUCAUAUCAUUGCUUUGUUGCAUUUUGAUUAGCCCAGAAUAUUUUUUUUCCCUCUUCCUAGCUCUGCAAAUGCGCAAGGAAAUUACAUCUACACAUUGAUCCGGGGCCUCACUGUUUAGGUGCAUCCUCUGAUAACGUUGAUGGCUGAAAAAUAGGUUUAGUCAAAUCUGGUCUUCCAUUUUUCUUUUUUUCUUUUUUUGGACACUUGCAAAUCAAUAUACGGUAAAACUGAAAACUUUUUUUUUUAUCCUUGCAUAAUUGAUUGAUGGCACUUUGCCUGUAAUAAAUCAGAAUCAGUCCGUCAAUAGGCUUUUUCUAUGUAAGCUGCUCUGAAGCAAAACAAUGUAAAGAACUCUAAUACCCAUCUUUAACUAGGCAAUUUUUAUUUGUUAAAUAACUGCUAUACAUAUUUAACGGCAUUGUUGAUUUGUUCCUAGGUGUAGAAGAUCAUUAUUUCAACAGAUCUCCUAAACCUUUCUUUGCCUUAUGGUUAAAGAUGAGAGGAGGUGCGAAAUGCUUCUGUGGAACUGAGCCAGAUGAUUUUUUGCAGGCUGUUAGAGGCUGAAAAGAGCAGGGGGUCAGGUCUAUCGUAGUGGCAUCUCUUCUUAUAAUAAUGCAUAAGGUAGCAUGGGCAGAGGCUUACAAUCCAUGAUGUAAAUGUUUUGUUUGUUGUGUCUUUUUAUAUGUUCAUAUUAAAAGACAAUAAAAUUUAAAUAAUA